CGCAUUUAACACAUAACCAAAUUGCGCUUGGCAAGGGCAGGUAGGCCUAGUCAGGGGACCUGAUGAAAUCAACUGAUAUAGCAGCCUAUAUAAGUAUGGAUAGCAGCAGUCUUCAAUAGUACUGCAAAAAAUAUAUAUAUACGAUAUUGAACCUUUUAUAGUGCCGUAGUGGAACAGUUGAAUUGGAUUUACGUCGUUGGAAUAAGAAUCAUGAUUCCUCAGUCGAGCAGAGCUUUUCUCUUCAAGAUUGCUGGUUACUGGAAGCCGCUUUUCAAAGGCAGGUUUCUAAUUGUAACCAAUACUGUGAGCUGUGGGUGUAUGCUUGCCGCCGGCGACAUCAUUCAGCAAACCAGAGAGACACGGAGGGUCCCGGAGAAGGCACGUGACUGGACGCGAACAGGUUGCAUGUUUGCAGUGGGAUGCUCAAUGGGGCCCUUCAUGCACUACUGGUACCAGUGGCUGGAUAAGUUCUUUCUCGGCAACGCUUUACCUGCUGUCACCAAGAAAGUCCUCACUGAUCAGCUGAUUGCAUCACCGACCAUGGGAGCAUGGUAUUUCAUUGGUAUGGGAAAGAUGGAGGGCCAAAGUCUAUCUGAGGGGUUAGAGGAAUUCAAAGAAAAGUUCUGGGAGUUCUACAAGGCAGACUGGUGUGUUUGGCCCGCGGCACAGAUGAUCAACUUCUACUUCUUGCCUCCUAAGUUCCGUGUCCUCUAUGUCAAUGUCAUCACCCUGGGGUGGGACACCUACCUCUCCUACCUCAAACACCGAGACAAUGUUGAAGGAAACACUGCAUAUGUCACUGAGUUGAAUGAGCCAGAACUGGAAGUGUCAGGGUCAGCAACCAAACAGUUGAAAGAGAAGCUCUAACAUUGGAUUGGUGUCAUUUGAGAGCAUCGCCGGACUUGAAUUCGAUGUCAAUGUCACUGACCAUGACUAUGGCAACAUUCCGUAUGUGUGCCUUAAAAGCACUACCUAUUUAAACAGUUUUAUACUAAACUAUGGUGAAAAAUGUUGCGCCCAGACAAUGCAUACCACAUGUACUGUAUAGUGCAUGCAUUUUCCACUAUAGCCUAAAGCGUUGUCUGGUUGUUGUUGUAUUUAGUGUCUAGUUGAUUAGUAUACGAAGGCAAUGUCCCGGUCAUCAUCUCAGUUGCUAAUCUACCAACCUAUUAAUUACAUUUACAUUUAAGUCAUUUAGCAGACGCUCUUAUCCAGAGCGACUUACAAAUUGGUGCAUUCACCUUAUGACAUCCAGUGGAACAGCCACUUUACAAUAGUGCAUCUAAAUCUUUUAAGGGGGGGUGAGAAGGAUUACUUUAUCCUAUCCUAGGUAUUCCUUAAAGAGGUGGGGAGUUAAUGAGAGUGAGACUUGUUUCAGGUGUGCCACAGUUUACUUCUACUACUAUAAUGUAAUCUAUGUUGUUUACCCAGUCAACCCUGUUUAAGUAAUGACUGAUGUGCAGAAAGUUACACAUAUCAUUCUUGUGUAAUAGGCAUAGGCUAAUAUAUGUCUAGUAGGUGACAUGAAUUACUCCCCUUGUGAUAUUUAACGAUCCUAUCAUUUAUUUAUAGGAAUAGCUUUUUCGAGCAUCUUAAAAGAGUUAUAGAAUCUUGAUAAUCUUUUAUUUAAAUGAUGUCUUUUGAUAUCAACCAAUUUCUUUACUGGUAUGGUUUGGAUGUAUUAAUAUCUAAUAUUAUUUUUAAUAUGCCUGUAGAUUUCUUAGGUUUAUAUUGAGGUUGAAUAAAUGCCUUAUAAUACAGUAUGUCAAAUGAGUCAAUCCAAUACUGUAGCUGCAACUGAUCAAAGAUAAUUUUAAUCUCCAAACAAAAUGUAUGUUUAUAAUUGCAUUGUAACAACAUAAACUCCAGGGCCCAGAUUCACAAAACUUUCUUCAGAAGAAAUGUCUUAACUGCCAUUUAUUUCCUUAAGCAAAGUUGCUAUUUUCUCAAAAAGGUUAUUUGAAAUGUUAUUGCGUUAUUUCUUAUGUUUCUCCUUAAGCACAAAGUUAAGAAGAAAUUUGAUUAUUGAAAAUAAAGUUAUUGGAUUUGUUCUUGGAAAUGUUCUCAAUUUCAAGAUGGCUAAACCUUUGUCUAAAACGCUGGGCAGUAAAGAGACUAAGCUAAUGAAAGCAAUUGAACACGUGUAGCCCUUUUCUGCAGUCAUUGGACAAAUUGCCCUCUAGUGGCCUCAUAGGUGGAAUGUUAUUAAUAUUUUUUAUAAAUAUUUCAAAUGUAUUUUAAAAACGGGUGUUUCUAUGUCAAACGGAUUUGUUCCAUUUCAGUUAUCUGUCAUGUAAAUUAAGUUUAAUAUUGGGAUGCAAACUACAAAUGAAAUAUAUUUGAACUCUAUAUCUGA